AUGGUGGACGAGCUGGUGCUGCUGCUGCAGGCUCUCCUGGUGAGGCACCGCGCCCUGAGCAUCGAGAACAACCAGCUGAUGGAACAGCUGCGCCUGCUGGUGUGCGAACGGGCCACCCUGCUGCGCCAGGUACGUCCGCCCAGCUGCCCGGUGCCCUUCCCCCACACGUUUGAUGGCGAGACCUCCCGUCUCCCCGAGUUUAUCGUGCAGACGACAUCUUACAUGCUGGUCAACGAGAACCGAUUCUGCAACGACGCCAUGAAAGUGGCAUUCCUGAUCAGCCUGCUCACCGGGGAAGCGGAGGAGUGGGUGGUGCCCUACAUCGAGAUGGAUAGCCCCCUCCUAAGCGAUUACCGGGCCUUCCUCGAGGAGUUCAAACAGUGCUUUGGCUGGGAUGAGGAAGAAGACGACGAUGACGACGAAAUAGGGAAUUACUAG